AUGUGCUUUGCGGACUUCCAGAGGGAGGUGGAGAGGAAGGUUGGCGUUCCAGUGGCAGGCCAGCGGUUUUGGCUGUGGGCGCGUCGGCAGAACCACACGUACCGCCCCAAGCGACCGCUUAGUGCCGAAGAAGAGGGCAUGACGGUGCGACAGCUGAGGGACUCAGUGAGCAAGGCGCACCGCAAGGACCUGCGUGUGUUCCUAGAAGGCCUGCCAACUCCUCCUGUAGUGGCUCCGCUACAUGAGAGGGCCAAGGACGACAUUCUGCUCUUUCUCAAGUUCUACAACCCACUCACUGAGACGCUUAGGUACGUGGGUCGUCUCUUUGUGAAUCUUGGGCAGGCUCCUGCCGAUGUACGAGGGAAGAUCAACGAGAUGUGUGGCCUUGCUCCCACCGAUGACAUCCUGCUCUUUGAGGAGAUAAAGUAUGAGCCGAGUGUGAUGUGCGAGGCCAUGGACUGCACGGUCACAUUCAAAGGCGGGCAACUAGACGAUGGCGACAUUAUCUGUGUGCAGCGCGCCAAACAACUCGCCCAAGAGGGUGCAGUUGGGACUGCCGGCAGUGGUGGGAGUGCGGUGAGGGUGAGGUACCCUGACGUGCCGUCCUUUUUGGAGUAUGUGCGGAACCGGCAUGUGGUGCACUUCCGGCGGCUGGAGAAGCCCACAGAGGACGCUUUCUGCCUCGAGCUUGCCGUUGGGUCUCCCACUGACAUGGUGGUGAGCUCCAAAGAGCACACAUAUGACGACGUGGUGGCGAGGCUGGCAGAGGAGAUAGGCCUGGACAACCCUUCCAAGGUCCGACUCACCACGCACAACUGCUACUCGCAGAAGCCCAAGCCGCCGGCCAUCAAAUACCGAGGCGUGGACUGCCUGGCUGACAUGCUCGUGCACUACGACCAGCCGGCCGUCAAGUACCGAGGCGUGGACUGCCUGACCAACAUGCUCGUGCACUUCAACCAGAUGUGGUCGACAGAUAUCCUCUAUUUCGAGACGCUCGACAUCCCGCUGCCAGAACUGCAGCAGCUCAAGACUCUCAACAUCACGUUCCACAACAGCAAGGCAGAAGAUGUGAGGGGAGGGAGGGUGGAACUGUGGCAUCCUAAGGCGAAUUUUCGGAUGCUGCAGGUGUUCAUCAACAAGAUCUUCCCUACACUCUAUACCAACCUUUCUGCCCUGCCCCUCCGUACCCCUCUGUCCCUGUCUGUGGAGCUGUCACAUCCCAAGGCGGAGCUACGUUUGCUGCAGGUGUUCUACAACAAGAUCUACAAGAUCUUUCCUCUUACUGAGCAGAUUGAGUACAUCAACGACCAGUACUGGGGCAUAAGGGCAGAGGAGCCUUCUGGUCCGUCUACUCAGCCUACUGAUCCGUCAGCCUCGACUCCGGAGGCGCAAUGGCUAGAGGAGGAUAGUGUACAUGUCGUUUUCAAGCACUUCAAGGUUCCCAUCCGCCCCGACGCCGUCGGGGCUGUCCGCGUUUACAAGUAUUGCGCCAUCGAGUUCAAGGGUGGUGCGUUUCGAUGCGCUCAGCAUCUCGCAAAAUGGAAGGGACAGAGAUCUCGCGACGUCCGCCGGUGCGGGAAGGUUCCGCCGGACGUGCGAGCGGCGGUGCGCGCGCAUUACGAGAAGAAGGCAUCCAACCGCGAUGGAAAAAGGCGGGCCGAGGAUGCUGCGCUCGACGCUGUGUGGGAGGUGCGAAGAAAGGCCGCAUCACCGACUUCAUUGGCGACGAGGCGAAAUGCAAGAAGGGGCAAGGCGGACAACUCCGUCUGCUUGUUCUUUGCCGGCUGUCGCAUUCCCGAACACCACGCCGACAACCCGUUGUGGCGCAACAUGGGCAGGGCCAUUAACAACGCACCUCACGGUUAUGUCGCGCCGCGGCAAAAACUACGUGGGAGGAGCUGGGCUGAAGCAAUGCCGCACGGGCAUCGAGAAGGGGCUUCAGCCAUCGCCGCGAGUUGGAAGAAGGAUGGCGUCACCGUCUCCUCCGACCUGAUGACCGAUCGGUGCGGGAGGCCGCAGGCGAACGUCAUGCUGGUCAACAAUUCGGGAGCGGUGUUUGUCGAGGCUAUCAACUGCAAUAUGGAGUCAAAAACCAGCGGCUACAUCGCGUCCCUCUUCUGCCCCAUCAUCGAGAAAGUGGGGCCCGAAAACGUAGCCGCCCUUUGCAUGGACGGGGGCUCCAACUACGGGGCCGCCUGCAUGUAG